UGUGUGUGUGUGUGUGCGCGCGCGAGGAGAGUGCGACCAAGGAACAAAGGCGAAGCAUCUCUGCAUAUUCGACAAAAGGACUGGAAUCGAAGAAUUUCGUCACACAUGUACGCAACGGUAUUCAACGCGACCAACAGUGCCAAUGUGCUAAAAACGACUCACGAAGGAAACCGAUAUUUUUCGAUACUUAGACAUCCUCGUGUGGAAUCCCUUUGUAACCACAAAUUGGUCUCCACCUCUGUUCGUCUCUCCCACUUCUCCCUUCCCGUCCUGAGGUCUCUCCCCGUGUUGUCGGUGUUUCGCCGCGACGUUCCUCGUGGCGUGAGCGUUCCCGAAGACACCGUGGCCGGACCUUCGGCGACAGCGGUCGUGUGACGCGGACGAACGUGUGUCUCUGGCAGCUAGGACGCCGAGGGACACAGGUGCAGGUGCGGGUGCGGGACUGCAUGCACACAGCUAAUACGUAGUGGUGGUAGUAGUAGUAGCGAUCGGGACGCGAGGACGUGGGCUGGAACGGCAUAGGUGUGCGCAAGUUUUGACGACACGGUCGCCGCCAGUGUCGUUAGUUACCGUGGCAGAAUGGACGGUAGUACGGGCUCGCCGUCGGACGUGACGGCGAUGGGCAAUAGCGAGAACGACGAAAGAUCAAAGGUGCAACGGGACGCCGACGACAUCGCCGGUGGUGGUUCGUCGGCCGCGUCGUCAGGGACGGCCAGCACCACCACCUCUGCGUAUUCCACGGCGACGCAGAGUGACCAGCCAUCGGAAUAUUGCGGUCAAGGCUCGAUAAGAGCCAGCUCCGCUUCACCGCUCCCUACGAACUCCUCGUCUUCGUCAUCGUCGUUAUUGUCGUCGUCCUCGUCGUCCUCCUCUUCCUCCUCUUCCUCCUCCACACCGCCACCGCCACCGCAGCCGGGGUGUGGCUGCGUCGCUGCCACUGUCCUCGAGCCCGACGAAAUUACCAUCAGCAUCACGCCGACCACUGGUGGACAGUUUGACCUCACGGUCGAUCGGACGGACACCGUCGAGAACCUCAAGAAGAUCAUCUCGAAAAGGCUGAAGGUCGCCAAGGAACGUAUUUGUUUACUACAUCGUGAAAGGUUUGUAUAUUAAAAGAUUAUGUAUGUAUGGUAUGUAUAUGUAUGAAUCUCUUGUAGGAACCAAGGAUGAUUAACUUCAUUGUAAGAAAGAUUUUGCAAUUUUAGAUUUUACGUGAUCAGUGCUUUGUUUCUUAGAAAGUAA